GAAUAUGACUUAAUAAGGUACCUUUACUUAACUAGCUCAUGUAAUCUACACCAAUCACACGAGAAAUAGUUUGUCAUAUACAUCAUAUAUUUUUACUUAUAUAUUUACUUCACUCUUCUUUAUAUUUUUUUCUAUAUUAUUAUUUAGUACUAAACAAUGAAUCCUGAUCAAGCUCGUAACUUUCAAGAACAACUAGACUCCAUGAAAGCAAUGAUUGAUUCUUUGGGAACAACGGUUGAUCUGAUGGCUUCAGUGGUCAAUUCUCUUACUACAGCUGUGAACAAUAACCUCCCCAGGGACCAAACGGGGAAAGGUAAAAGGGUAGCGUAUGUUUCGGACCUUGGUGUAAGUCCCCAAAAGAAUGCUGAAUUGGAUUGUCAAGAGCGUAAGUUCAGAGAUUGUAUUCUUAAGGCUAUUCAGUAUUAUAAGACGAAUGAUCCUGCACAGGGUGUGUACAGCAAUUGGAACGCGUUAGGAGUUAGAACAAUCAGCGCACCACCAAAGUAUAAAGUGGAAUUGGUCAAAACAAAAACAACCGAUUACUUUUUGAGUCUUGACCCCAAUGAAUUGCACGAGAAGGAAGAUCCAGUUGUUGUACCUAGAAAAACUUGGUUCACAAUGUGCGGUAGCUUGGCAUACGAUAACACUUUUCACAUCGUCAAGAAGUUUCUUAUUGUUUACCUUGGGGAGAGAUAUGGUGCCAACGGGGUGACCUGGAGCGAUGUGAAGCUCAACGAACAAAAUGACAUUAAGUAUAUGUUGGAACGUAUCAUUUUCUAUUGGAACCAGCAUACUGGCGAAGCUGGUAUACCUACCCAGAGUGGUAGGCAUUUUGAACUCACUGCACCAGUUCUAGUUGUACCCUUGUACCUGGCUAUAGAUAAUUGGAUAGUCCGUGGGAUGGUUUGCUCGCUGAUGGGAAAUAUUAGAAAACAUCAAACAAAACCCGUAGCAAAUACCAUGUCUAUGACGGAUGGUAUGACUUCGCUUCGUAUGGAUUCUAGUUUUUCUGCUUCCAGUGAGCAACCUGUUGUUUCUGCUACCCGUGAACAAUCUGUUGUUCCUACUGCCCGUCAACAAUCUGUUGAUUCCGUUUCCUUGGAACAAACAAAUAAUUUUGCUGUUCGUCAACAACCCGCUAUCGAAAAUAUCUUUUUCGAACCGGUGACCCUCGACGACUUGCGUAGAUCACAAAACGGAUUUAUGUCAACUCAAGCAGAAGAAUUUUCUGUUCCUGGUACGUCCCCACAUCUUCCUUCUCGUUCGCCUUCCCCUUCCCCUUCCCCUUCCCCUUCCCCUUCCCCUUCCCCUUCUCCGUUUCCUCCCUCCUUAUCGCUUCCUUCGUCUUCUUUGCCAUCGACUUCCCAAGCAAAUUCAAACCGUUUAAAGAAAGCUGCAAAGAGAGGGGUUGACCCAAACUUAAUUCUAAUUUGAUAUUGAGUUGGAUAAAAGGCUUAUGAUCCAACGUGUAAUGAUAGAAUUCAAAUACAUCAGUCAUAGUCAUACUCUACAGUUAUCAGCAAAACUCAUGGGUGAAGAUGCGGGAUAUUAUCGUCGGCAUUUAUAUAAUCAAAGAAUUAUAGAAGAACCACUAACACUCGCUUAUAUAUAAUCCUGCCAAUUUAAAUAAAUAAAAAUAAAUGUGCG